CCGGCCGCAGCCUCCACCCAGAGGAAACUUUAUAAAAACAAAAUCCGGAGUCUCCCAAACCUGACUGUCCCGGGAGAAGUGGCCCUGGACGGGCAGAAGCCGCAACCUGAAAAGACCCAGGAAGAGGAAAAGAGGAGUACCGCGCCGGAGCCUUCCGCAGCUGCCGCCUCAGUCCGAAGGAGGAAGGGAACCAACCCACUUUCUCGGCGCCGCGGCUCUUCUCUAGAAGUGAUUACUUCCUUAGGAUAGAUUGCCAGAAGUGGAGUUACUGGGUCAGAGGAAUGUGAAAACCUUUGCAUCUUCUGAUAGUCUAGCCAAGGUCCAAGAGGUAGCAAGCUGGCUUUUGGAAAUGAAUCAGGAACUGCUCUCUGUGGGCAGCAAAAGACGACGAACUGGAGGCUCUCUGAGAGGUAACCCUUCCUCAAGCCAGGUAGAUGAAGAACAGAUGAAUCGUGUGGUAGAAGAGGAACAGCAACAGCAACUCAGACAACAAGAGGAGGAGCACACUGCAAGGAAUGGUGAAGUUGUUGGAGUAGAACCUAGACCUGGAGGCCAAAAUGAUUCCCAGCAAGGACAGUUGGAAGAAAACAAUAAUAGAUUUAUUUCGGUAGAUGAGGACUCCUCAGGAAACCAAGAAGAACAAGAGGAAGAUGAAGAACAUGCUGGUGAACAAGAUGAGGAGGAUGAGGAGGAGGAGGAGAUGGACCAGGAGAGUGACGAUUUUGAUCAGUCUGAUGAUAGUAGCAGAGAAGAUGAACAUACACAUACUAACAGUGUCACGAACUCCAGUAGUAUUGUGGACCUGCCCGUUCACCAACUCUCCUCCCCAUUCUAUACAAAAACAACAAAAAUGAAAAGAAAGUUGGACCAUGGUUCUGAGGUCCGCUCUUUUUCUUUGGGAAAGAAACCAUGCAAAGUCUCAGAAUAUACAAGUACCACUGGGCUUGUACCAUGUUCAGCAACACCAACAACUUUUGGGGACCUCAGAGCAGCCAAUGGCCAAGGGCAACAACGACGCCGAAUUACAUCUGUCCAGCCACCUACAGGCCUCCAGGAAUGGCUAAAAAUGUUUCAGAGCUGGAGUGGACCAGAGAAAUUGCUUGCUUUAGAUGAACUCAUUGAUAGUUGUGAACCAACACAAGUAAAACAUAUGAUGCAAGUGAUAGAACCCCAGUUUCAACGAGACUUCAUUUCAUUGCUCCCUAAAGAGUUGGCACUCUAUGUGCUUUCAUUCCUGGAACCCAAAGACCUGCUACAAGCGGCUCAGACAUGUCGCUACUGGAGAAUUUUGGCUGAAGACAACCUUCUCUGGAGAGAGAAAUGCAAAGAAGAGGGGAUUGAUGAACCAUUGCACAUCAAGAGAAGAAAAGUAAUAAAACCAGGUUUCAUACACAGUCCAUGGAAAAGUGCAUACAUCAGACAGCACAGAAUUGAUACUAACUGGAGGCGAGGAGAACUCAAAUCUCCUAAGGUGCUGAAAGGACAUGAUGAUCAUGUGAUCACAUGCUUACAGUUUUGUGGUAACCGAAUAGUUAGUGGUUCUGAUGACAACACUUUAAAAGUUUGGUCAGCAGUCACAGGCAAAUGUCUGAGAACAUUAGUGGGACAUACAGGUGGAGUAUGGUCAUCACAAAUGAGAGACAACAUCAUCAUUAGUGGAUCUACAGAUCGGACACUCAAAGUGUGGAAUGCAGAGACUGGAGAAUGUAUACACACCUUAUAUGGGCAUACUUCCACUGUGCGUUGUAUGCAUCUUCAUGAAAAAAGAGUUGUUAGCGGUUCUCGAGAUGCCACUCUUAGGGUUUGGGAUAUUGAGACAGGCCAGUGUUUACAUGUUUUGAUGGGUCAUGUUGCAGCAGUCCGCUGUGUUCAAUAUGAUGGCAGGAGGGUUGUUAGUGGAGCAUAUGAUUUUAUGGUAAAGGUGUGGGAUCCAGAGACUGAAACCUGUCUACACACGUUGCAGGGGCAUACUAAUAGAGUCUAUUCAUUACAGUUUGAUGGUAUCCAUGUGGUGAGUGGAUCUCUUGAUACAUCAAUCCGUGUUUGGGAUGUGGAGACAGGGAAUUGCAUUCACACGUUAACAGGGCACCAGUCGUUAACAAGUGGAAUGGAACUCAAAGACAAUAUUCUUGUCUCUGGGAAUGCAGAUUCUACAGUUAAAAUCUGGGAUAUCAAAACAGGACAGUGUUUACAAACAUUGCAAGGUCCCAACAAGCAUCAGAGUGCUGUGACCUGUUUACAGUUCAACAAGAACUUUGUAAUUACCAGCUCAGAUGAUGGAACUGUAAAACUAUGGGACUUGAAAACGGGUGAAUUUAUUCGAAACCUAGUCACAUUGGAGAGUGGGGGGAGUGGGGGAGUUGUGUGGCGGAUCAGAGCCUCAAACACAAAGCUGGUGUGUGCAGUUGGGAGUCGGAAUGGGACUGAAGAAACCAAGCUGCUGGUGCUGGACUUUGAUGUGGACAUGAAGUGAAGAGCAGAAAAGAUGAAUUUGUCCAAUUGUGUAGACGAUAUACUCCCUGCCCUUCCCCCUGCAAAAAGAAAAAAAGAAAAGAAAAAGAAAAAAAUCCCUUGUUCUCAGUGGUGCAGGAUGUUGGCUUGGGGCAACAGAUUGAAAAGACCUACAGACUAAGAAGGAAAAGAAGAAGAGAUGACAAACCAUAACUGACAAGAGAGACGUCUGCUGUCUCAUCACAUAAAAGGCUUCACUUUUGACUGAGGGCAGCUUUGCAAAAUGAGACUUUCUAAAUCAAACCAGGUGCAAUUAUUUCUUUAUUUUCUUCUCCAGUGGUCAUUGGGCAGUGUUAAUGCUGAAACAUCAUUACAGAUUCUGCUAGCCUGUUCUUUUACCACUGACAGCUAGACACCUAGAAAGGAACUGCAAUAACAUCAAAACAAGUACUGGUUGACUUUCUAAUUAGAGAGCAUCUGCAACAAAAAGUCAUUUUUCUGGAGUGGAAAAGCUUAAAAAAAUUACUGUGAAUUGUUUUUGUACAGUUAUCAUGAAAAGCUUUUUUUUUUUUUUUUUUUUUUUUUUUUUUUGCCAACCAUUGCCAAUGUCAAUCAAUCACAGUAUUAGCCUCUGUUAAUCUAUUUACUGUUGCUUCCAUAUACAUUCUUCAAUGCAUAUGUUGCUCAAAGGUGGCAAGUUGUCCUGGGUUCUGUGAGUCCUGAGAUGGAUUUAAUUCUUGAUGCUGGUGCUAGAAGUAGGUCUUCAAAUAUGGGAUUGUUGUCCCACCCCUGUACUGUACUCCCAGUGGCCAAACUUAUUUAUGCUGCUAAAUGAAAGAAAGAAAAAAGCAAAUUAUUUUUUUUUAUUUUUUUUCUGCUGUGACGUUUUAGUCCCAGACUGAAUUCCAAAUUUGCUCUAGUUUGGUUAUGGAAAAAAGACUUUUUGCCACUGAAACUUGAGCCAUCUGUGCCUCUAAGAGGCUGAGAAUGGAAGAGUUUCAGAUAAUAAAGAGUGAAGUUUGCCUGCAAGUAAAGAAUUGAGAGUGUGUGCAAAGCUUAUUUUCUUUUAUCUGGGCAAAAAUUAAAACACAUUCCUUGGAACAGAGCUAUUACUUGCCUGUUCUGUGGAGAAACUUUUCUUUUUGAGGGCUGUGGUGAAUGGAUGAACGUACAUCGUAAAACUGACAAAAUAUUUUAAAAAUAUAUAAAACACAAAAUUAAAAUAAAGUUGCUGGUCAGUCUUAGUGUUUUACAGUAUUUGGGAAAACAACUGUUACAGUUUUAUUGCUCUGAGUAACUGACAAAGCAGAAACUAUUCAGUUUUUGUAGUAAAGGCGUCACAUGCAAACAAACAAAAUGAAUGAAAAAGUCAAAUGGUUUGCCUCAUUCUCCAAGAGCCACAACUCAAGCUGAACUGUGAAAGUGGUUUAACACUGUAUCCUAGGCGAUCUUUUUUUCCUCCUCCUGUUUAUUUUUUUGUUUGUUUUAUUUAUAGUCUGAUUUAAAACAAUCAGAUUCAAGUUGGUUAAUUUUAGUUAUGUAACAACCUGACAUGAUGGAGGAAAACAACCUUUAAAGGGAUUGUGUCUAUGGUUUGAUUCACUUAGAAAUUUUAUUUUCUUAUAACUUAAGUGCAAUAAAAUGUGUUUUUUCAUGUUA